CGCCAAACAAUUGCCAAAAAACCCUUUGACAGAAGAAGUUUCAUAAUUCUGUAUUUUACUUAGAGAAGAUGCCUUGCAACUGUCCAGUCACCCAACCAGGCCCCACUUUGGCCUCGACAUGUGGGGGGGCCCAAUUUAUGCUCUUCAUGGGGCUUUUGGAGGUUUUUUUGAGGAGCCAGUGCGAUCUGGAAGAUCCAUGUGGGAGACCCGAUCAUAGCACCCCCAUUUUGCCAGAGUACGAUUUUAUCAUUGUAGGGGGGGGUAGUGGUGGGUCAGUGGUAGCAAGCCGACUAUCUGAAAUACCAGAAUGGAGGGUUCUACUGAUAGAAGCAGGAAUGGAUGAGCCUACUGGUACUCAAGUACCUUCAAUGUUCCUAAAUUUCAUUGGUUCUGACAUCGAUUGGGCGUACACAACAGAACCCGAGAAAGAAGCCUGCUUAGGUGAAAACGAAAGGAGAUGCUAUUGGCCUAGAGGAAAGGUUCUAGGCGGAACUUCCGUUAUGAAUGGUAUGAUGUACAUCCGCGGUGCUCGUAAAGAUUACGAUGAUUGGGCGCAAGAUGGCAAUGAAGGGUGGUCAUACAACGAGGUGUUGCCAUAUUUCCUAAAAAGUGAGGAUAACAAACAAAUGGAUAAAAUGGAUAACGGUUUUCACUCCAAAGGUGGAUUACUAGCUGUAUCUCAGUUCCCAUACCACCCACCUCUAUCCAAAGCUAUUCUAAAAGGGGCUGAAGAACUGGGUUAUCCAACACGAGAUUUAAACGGGGCUUACCAUACAGGCUUUCAAAUAGCUCAAACCACAAAUGUGAAUGGUUCUAGAUUAUCAACGUCCCGCGCUUUUUUGCGUCCAUUCAAAAACCGACGUAACCUGCACAUUUUAAUGAACUCAACUGUUACCAGAGUGCUUAUAAAUACCACCACCAAACAAGCUUAUGGUGUGGAGGUACUAAAUAGUGGCCUAAAACAGGUUAUAUAUGCUAGUAAAGAGGUCAUCGUUUCAGGUGGAGCUGUAGCUUCUCCACAAAUUUUGCUGCUAUCUGGUGUUGGACCAAAAGAAGAACUGCAAAACGUUAAUGUACCAGUUGUACACGAACUACCAGGGGUGGGAAAAAAUCUGCACAACCACGUAGCCUAUUUCCUCAACUUCAACAUAAACGAUACCAACUCGGCCCCAUUGAACUGGGCUACAGCCAUGGAAUACCUCUUGUUCAGAGAUGGGCUUAUGAGCGGGACAGGCAUUUCCGAGGUAACAGGGUUUAUAAACACAAAGUACAAUGACGCCAGCAUCGAGCAACCCGACGUUCAAUACUUUUUCGGCGGAUUUCUGGCCAACUGCGCCAGAACUGGGCAAGUAGGGGAAAAAGUUGACAACAGCACCAGAUCCAUCCAGAUUAUCCCAGCCGUUUUGCACCCCAAAUCCAGGGGUGAAAUAAGGUUAAAGGAUAACAAUCCUUUGAGUCAUCCUUUGAUUUACGCUAACUACUACACCCACCCGGAUGACAUUAAAGUUAUGGUGGAAGGCAUCAAGUUUGCCAUCAAACUAUCUAACACUAAAGCUCUAAAGCGAUAUGGUUUUCAACUGGAUAACACUCAUACUAGAGGUUGCGAAAAAUUUAAGUUCGGUACAGAUGAAUAUUGGGCUUGUGCCGCCAAAGUACAGACCGGUCCUGAAAACCAUCAGGUCGGUAGUUGUAAAAUGGGCCCCCCAACUGACCCAAUGGCUGUUGUUAACCCUCUUUUACAGGUCUAUGGAGUGGAUAAACUGAGAGUUAUAGAUGCCAGUAUAAUUCCCAAAGUGACAACCGGAAAUACCAAUGCGCCUGUCAUUAUGAUAGCGGAAAAAGGAAGUGACAUGAUUAAAUCGAGAUGGCUAACGCCUCAAGCCGGAUUUUUCUACACCAAUGCGCCCAAUCAGCGUAUUGACAGGCAAUGGGGGUCUUGGUAGAUUAUGGGUGAAAAAAACGGUAUUAUUUAUAGUAUUUAUUACAGUAUUUUUAUGGAUAAUAAACAAAGUUUUUAAUGUAAAUUGUUUUAUUUAAAAAAAUCAUUGUUUGGUUUCUGCUUUUUUCAUGAAGUCGUUUGCUUUGGCGGUGAGGUCUUGGCCGGCCUUUUGGAGGGUGGCUGUGAUGUUUUGCAGCAAGUCGUUAUCCUACAA